AUGCAAAUCAAAACUUUAUUAUACACAGCUGCAGUUGCUAGUAAGCUAGCUUUAGGUGCUGAAUUAGAAUUAUUUAUUAAUGAUUUAGACAAUGUUGACGUUAAUGCUAAAUUACCACUAAUUAAAUUUGAGGUGGAUUUAAAAGAUAACUUGUUGAAGACAGUGGAAGAAAAUUUGGAAUUAAAUUUACAAAAUUUUGAAAAUCCAGUUUGCAUAAGUGCAAUUAUUAAUGGAAAUUCUGAUUAUCAUAAAAAUAUCCCAUGCUUCUCAUAUAUGAAAUUAAUGAAAGAUGUACCAUACCAAUUAAAUAUUGAAAUGUACGACGCUGAUAAAGAUAUUAUCAAUUCCUUAUCAUUUUCUAAAGAGGAAAAAAUCGAAUAUCAAGAGAAUGCCAGCACGAAGGAAACUAAUGAAGAGCCAACUGAAGAGGCUACAGCCGGCAAUCUAAACAUUCAAGCAAAAAUUGUAUAUCCAAGAGCUGGCCCACAAGCACCAGCUAUUCCCUUGAAGAAGGUAACCAAAACAUACAAGGACAAACGUGAAGCAGCUGCCAAUAAAGCUAGUGUUCAGUUUGGUACAACUGAUGCUGAAACUGCCGAGACUGACGAAGAUGAAGAGGCUCCUAAGUCCUGGUUCGAACAAAAUUGGAGGACCAUGGUGUUUGGUAUUCUAGCAUACAACUUUUACUCUGCCCUCACAAGAGGCAACAAGCGUAAGGAAGCUGAGAAGAAAAGGGAUUAA